AUGUUGUAUAAAUAGUUGCCCAGCAGCAGACUAAAAAAGAAAGUGCAAGAAAAGGGGGAAAUACAGGUAAAAAUCUCAUGAUGAAUUCUGAUGUGGUUGCAAACUGGCAGAUAGCCCUUCCUGAUGGAGUACACAAUGUUGAAUUUGAACAUGGCACAACAUCAGGCAAGCGGGUCAUUAGAGUGGAUGGAAAGGAAUUAAUGAGAAAGGAUUGGAUGUUUAAACUGGUGGGUAGAGAAAAGUUUGAACUUGGAAAAACAAAGUGCUGUAUUAGUAUAGAAGCAGUGAGUGGAUUUGCCUAUGAAUACACCAUAUUCGUGAAUGGAAAGCCUUUAAAGAAGUUUAGAGAAAACCAAAGAAAAAUUCAGAAAGCUUGGAAUUUUUCAUUGAAAGGAGAAAUCAAGAGGAUAUGUUUAGAGAAGGAUACCGUAGAUGUUUGGAUGAAUGAUAAAUUACUUUUAACACAUGGAGAAUUCACAGACAACGGAGUGAUAACCCAUUUCGAAAUCAGUGAUGGAUGUCAAGGGAGAAUUGAGGCAACAAGUAGUGGCAAGAAGAAUAAGGGAAUUAUACAUAGACUGUAUGUCAAUGAUGAUGAAAUACCGGAGGCUACAGAUGAAUAAUUAUGUAAACAAAAACAUAUCACCAACAUUUUUUUAAAUGAUCCAUUUCAUCUCCCUUAUUUUGUGAUGUGACUCAUUUCAUUGCACACGCCCCCUUCCUCCUCCCCCAGCAAAGUUGAUACUGACUGAUUUUAUCUCCUGUAAAAUAGAAGUUCUUACAUACCAACCAGUAAGAAAAGUAUGUGGACAUUUUGAUGACUGUCACUCUCAUCAGACUAAUGAUGAAGGUGACAGCACACUGUCAUUAAAAUGUCUCCUCACUGCUAGUGGAAGCAGAAUUUCUAUAUAUACUUAACAUCCUGAAGAAAAUGUUUCAGAAUGACUCAUUUCAUCUCCCUCAUUGUUGAUACUGACUCGGUUCAUCUCCCUCAUUGUUGAUACUGACUUAUUUCAUCUCCCUCAUUGUUUGAACUGACUCAUUUCAUCUCCCUCAUUGUUUGAACUGACUCAUUUCAUCUCCCUCAUUGUUGAUACCGACUGGGUUCAUCUCCCUCAUUGUUGAUACUGACUUAUUUCAUCUCCCUCAUUGUUUGAACUGACUCAUUUCAUCUCCCUCAUUGUCAUUUUUCAGUUUUAGUAAGAGUUAUUGCCCUUCGUUCACUUUGAACAUUUUAAUUUUGUCCGGAUAUCUCCUUCAGUUUUCGACCAUUUUUUUGAGACUUGGUAGGUUGGAAACCACAACAUGAGAUUGUUUUCUUGAAUCACAUUUUUAUUUAAGAGUAUUUCAUAAAGUUAUUGCUCUUUAUUCUUUUCACUAUUUUAAUCUUGUUCAGAGAUUUCUUUCAGUUUACCACUCAACUCUGCAAAGUUUGGUAUGCUCCAAGUUAUCAUUAAACUAUAUAGCACUGUUUUUAGGUCAUCUGACCUAAGAAGUUAGGAUUACCUAUCACCGAUGUGUUUUGAACAUUGUUGUCUGCCGUCCAUAGUGUGUAAACUGUCAUUUCAAACUACUUCUUCUCAGUAACCAAAAGGCCAAGGGUGCUGAUAUUGGGCCUGUAUUAUGCUGGAAUGAGGGGCUACCAGUGUUGUUUAUGUAAUUGACCUAAAUUUACUAUCAAGGUCAAAUAUGUCAAAAUCUUAAAACGACAUCUUCUAAACAACUAAAAAGCCCAAAGUCCUGAUACUGAGCUGUAACAUGCUAGGAUGGAGGACUUCAAAGUUUGUCAGUAUGAAUGACCUUAAUCCGCUUUCAAGGUCAAACAUAUUUAAACAACUUCUUUGCAAUAACCAAAAUCCAAGGGUGCUGCUGUUUGGCCCGUAAUAUUCUCUGAGGAAGAACUACCAAGUUAGUUAAUAUAAAUGACCUUGAUCCACUUUCAAGGUCUCAGGGGUCAAAUGAGUUGAGAUCUUAAAAUUUCUUUUUCAACAGGCAAUAGAUCCGAGUUGAGAUCUUAAAAUUUCUUAUUCAACAAGCAAUAUAUGCAGAUUUAUGAUAUUUUUGUAGUUUCAUGUACCAGGUAUAAGGAAUAGUUAGCAGUUUGCAGAAAAUGUUUCUAUGAGCUGCAUUUGGCAAUUUAGGCCUAUUUGGCCUCUUUCAUAUAUAGGUCUUUUUAGUCAGAUGACCAUUAAGGCCCAUGGGCCUCUUGUUCCUCUCCACAUUUUUAGCCCACCAUCAUCAGAUGGUGGGGUAUUCAAAUCACCCUGCCGUCCGUGGUCCGUCGUCCGUCCGUCCGUAAACAAUUCUUGUUACCGCUAUUUCUGGAAAUGUACUGGAUGGAUCUUUCUCAAAUUUCAUAUGCAGGUUCCCCUUGGUCCCUAGUUGUGCAAUGUACCUUUUUUGAACUGAUUCGCAUUCAAGAUGGCCGACAGGUGGCCAUCUUGGAUUUUGGAAGUAAAAGUUUGUUACCGCUAUUUCUGGAAAAGUACUGGAUGGAUCUUUCUCAAAUUUCAUAUGCAGGUUCCCUUUGGUUCCAAGUUGUGCAUAAUACCUUUUUGGACUGAUCCGAAAUCAAGAUGGCUGACAGGCAGCUAUCUUGGAUUUUGAGAGUAAAAUGUUGUUACUGCUAUAUCUGAGGAAGUACUGGAUGGAUCCUUCUGAUCCUUCUGAUAUUUCAUAGAUAUUGGUUUCCCUUGGUCCCUAGUUGUGCAUUGUACCUUUUUUGGACUGAUUUGAAAUCAAGGUGACCCACAGGCAGCCAUCUUGGAUGUCGACAGUAAUACAGCACUAAUCUAUCUAAUAAUACUUUGGGAUCUUUUUCAAAUGAUAUUUGCUAAUAGGGGCUUAAUAAAAAUAUCUUGUGCCAUCAUUGAGUACAUUCAAUGAAGACCAGUUCAUGAACAUUUACAACACCUGUAACAAACAAACAAAAAUAAAUAAAUCUUCAAGAACUGAAAACAGAUCCUCAAAUGGUGGGCGCCAAGAUCCCUCUGGGAUCUCUCGUUAUUUAUUAUUAGCAAUUCCAUAUUUGUAUUCUUUUUGAUACAACAAAUUCUGAAUAUUUCAAUGGCGAGGUGAAUAAUGUUCCACCCUUCAGUACUCUUGUGUAAUAAUGAUAUACCCUCAUUGAAAAAGUUGGACAUUCCUGUGUUAUGAAGAAUAAGUUGUAUGUUACUUGUUGGUUAUGUAGUUCUGUGAUUUAGGAGAAAAGAUGUGACACUGAAUCAUUCAGUUAAACAAACUGUAAAUUAUUUCCAUCUUCGUUGUUAUUAUUUGUUUAUUGUAUAUUCAGAACAAGUAUUUGCAGUAAGUUUCUCCACAUAUUAGAGUGCUGUAUUGCCAAAAGCCUUUUUUUCAUUAUAUUGUCCGUCCAUUUGUAAGAUUUUUAUUAUGACGGGAUAUCUCCCCCUGUUUUUAACUCAUAUUUUUUCAAAAUUUCUAGGCAUUAUCAUCCUUAAAUGAAGUUGCACUUUUAUGAGUGACAUUCACUUGCAAUAAUCUGAAUAUUAUUCAGACCCAGUUACUUUAAAUAACUUCUCAUAUUUUUUUCACAAAUUCUUUGAAAACUUUUAUAGGUCUAUUGCUUUGAGAUGAAAUUUUGUUUCCUUGAACAGCAUUUAGAUCAACAAGUUUAGAAGAUUUAUUGCCCUUUUUCAGGACUUUGUACAUAUCUAUAAUGUACCGAUGUUCACUAUCACAGUCUGUUAGGAUAUCCAGCUGGUGCAUAAAUGUACCCCUAAAUAUAUGUACCAGUACAGAAGGUAAAGAAAGAACUGAUAUAGACCUAGACAAACUAAAAGAGAAAAAAAUGUAUGUAGAGAAGCAACUUCUGAAGCUGGGAUUGUUAAAGGCCUCGUCAGUUCUAUUUAUCUGUAACAUUCCAAUUUUUUUUUUCUCAAAUGAAACAGAGGUUGAUUAUAUCACACAUUAUUAACAUGUGAUUAUAUCAGUAAGUGUACAUGUACAAUAUUGUAUUUUUUAUCAUAAUUGUUACAAUGUCCUGUACAUUGUGAUUGUGCUUUGUGAAAUGUAUUUUAAUGUGUGUGUGUUAAUAUUAAUUUGUUUUCUUUCUACUGAUCUCAUAAUAGUAGCUCUCAGAUUGUGAUGGCUCCUAGCUUUCUUUAAUUCUUUUAGUUCAUAUAACAACUUGCAAAUAAGUGUUCUAAAUACAUGUAUUUACUAAUAUUGUAGGUUGUUUAGGGUCAGGGACAUUGAAAUUCCACUCUGAUCAGACACAUUUAAGUUCCACUCUGAUCAGGGACAUUGAAAUUCUCCUCUGAUCAGGGACAUUGAAGUUUCCCUCUGAUCAGGGACAUUGUAGUUCCCCUCUGAUCAGGGACAUUGAAAUUCUCCUCUGAUCAGGGACAUUGAAAUUCUCCCCUGAUCAGUGACAUUGUAGUUCCUCUCUGAUCAGGGACAUUUAAGUUCCAUUCUGAUCGGGGACAUUGAAAUUCACCUAUGAUCAGGGACAUUUAAGUUCCAUUCUGAUCGGGGACAUUGAAAUUCACCUAUGAUCAGGGACAUUUAAGUUCCACUCUGAUCAGGGACAUUGAAGUUCCACUCUGAUCAGGGACAUUGAAGUUCCACUCUGAUCAGGGACAUUGAAAUUCUCCUCUGAUCAGGGACAUUGAAAUUCUCCUCUGAUCAGGGACAUUGUAGUUCCCCUCUGAUCAGACACAUUGAAGUUCCCCUCUGAUCAGGGACAUUUAAGUUCCAUUCUGAUCAGGGACAUUAUAGUUCCCUUCUGAUCAGGGACAUUGAAAUUCACCUAUGAUCAGGGACGUUUACGUUCCAUUCUGAUCAGGGACAUUUAAGUUCCCCUCUGAUCAGACACAUUUAAGUUCCACUCUGAUCAGGGACAUUGAAGUUCCACUCUGAUCAGGGA